AUGGUGAAAGCGGUUGAGAGAGAAGACAAAGAAAGCUACAAAGUUGGAUUGUACGAUUUCGAGAACAUGAAGGAGAAAAACUCAUCUUCCAGGAACGUCAAGAGAUGGAACUCUAGUUCUGCCUUGAGAAGUGAAGAUCCAGACAUUGAUGAUGACACUGUUUUCAAAACAACUGCAGUCUCGAGCUUCCUACCAAUGUUACCUAUUCGACCGCCUCAGACAUGUGAAGCAACCGGUGAAGAAUUACAGGAAGAGGCAGGCAAGAAAACAACAUCUGUUUCAAUGUUUCAAAAUGACUUUUUAGGUUUCUUGGGUCACAAGCUAAGACUAUAAUGAGAGAUUUCUUGCGACUUACGUUAACACUAUGAUCAUAUAUCUAUUUAUGUUUCAGAAAGGGAACAGAUGAAGGAAAGGUUUUCGAAACUGCUUCUAGGAGAAGACAUGUCAGGAGGAGGCAAAGGUGUUUCAUCAGCACUGGCAUUAUCAAACGCAGUCACAAAUCUUUCAGCAUCAGCGUUUGGAGAGCAACGGCGUUUAGAGCCAAUGUCAGAGGAUAGAAAAGAACGGUGGAGAAGAGAAAUAGGAUGGCUUCUCUCUGUUACUGAUCAUAUAGUUGAAUUCUCUCCAACACAACAAACAAACAAAGAUGGUUCUUCCAUUGAGGUAAUGACUACAAGACAGAGAACAGAUCUUGUCUCCAACAUCCCUGCUCUUAAGAAACUUGAUGUGAUGCUCACAGAUUGUCUUGAUAAGUUCAAGGACCAGGAUGAGUUCUAUUACAUCACAACCGAUUCUCCUGAACAUUUAAACAGUAACUCAACCAGGAACGCAGAUAAAUGGUGGCUACCAACAGUGAAAGUUCCACCUAAUGGCUUAUCCGAAAAGUCCAAAAGGUUUCUACUGAGUCAGAGAGAAUGUGUGAGCCAAGUGCUUAAAUCAGCAUUGGCCAUAAACGCCGAAGUUUUGUCUCAAAUGGAGAUCCCUGAGAGCUACAUAGACUCACUUCCUAAGAAUGGGAAAGCUAGUCUUGGAGACAUGAUCUAUAGAAUGAUAACGUUAGACAUGUUUGAUGUAGAGAAGUUCCUUCUUGAAAUGGACUUAUCAUCUGAGCACAAGAUUCUUGAUCUUCAGGACAAAAUUGAAGCUUCGGUUGUGAUAUGGAAGAGAAAGAUAGUACAGAAAGACAACAACAAGUCCUCAUCUCCAUUUAGUACUAAUCUGAGUAUGGAGAAGAGACAACUGCUAGAAGAAAGAGCAGAAACCAUUUUGCUUCUUAUCAAACUAAGAUUCCCAGGAAUCUCUCAAUCCACACUUGACAUCAGCAAGAUACAAUUCAACAAAGAUAUAGGAUUAGCUAUAAUGGAGAGUUAUUCAAGAGUUCUUGAAAGCUUGGCGCACACGGUACUGUCAAGAAUAGAAGAUGUCCUUGUGGCUGAUCAGCUAACUCAGGACCCUGAAAGCUUGCUUUGUAAGAGAUAUAUAGUGGAGACAGAGAGUCCUAAGAAGCAGGAAGAAAGAAACUUUUGUCUUUUAAAGGAGAGACCGAUACAACAGAAGGCUACCAUCUCACUGUCAGAGGUAAUGCAAUGGAAUAUGGAAGACAAGAACGAUGCACCACUCAAAGAUUCAGGCAAGAAACUGCUAACCAGAGUGUCAACCAUGAUCAUGGCUAACAACAAGAAGAGUACCUCAUAUCUUGAAUCUCUUGGAACCACAAGGAGUCCAAGAGAAGGUCAAUACUCUUAAGAAGAAUAUUUAUUUUGUAAAAUUAGGGAAGGAGAUGUAACAGAGAAACAUAAUAUACAUAAAUCAAAAAUCAUUUGAAGAGAUUGUAAUAUUGAGAAAUGUUUAUGGGAUUUAAAGAGGGAAA